AGAAUCUUACGCGUUAGCUGCUGUCGGAGGAUUCAAUGUGUGGAGGUCUGAGCCCGAGCUGCCUCAGGGUCUGACCCGCACUCAGGCCACCGACCCGGGGGACAAGCACGGCCACGACCCUCGGCUCCGGAGCCCACGGCAGUGAUUGAGGAGUUUCACCUGUGAGACCUCCAGGUGCAGGGAGGAGGAGGAGGAGGAGGAGGAGGAGGAACUGCACCUCCUCCUAGUACUGCGUUCAGUCCUGCUGCAGAUACUAUCAGGGUACAAAUACACGACUCUACUGCACCAGGAUGAAGCCGAGCUUCUCUGGAUCUCCUGUGACCGACGAAGGGCCCGAUCUUCUGACUCCUGCUCAGCUCCUCCUCUCCCCGCUCCCGUUUCCGGGCUGAAACUCAUUUUCUUGAAUUGUAAUAAUAAUGUAGCAGAGGCCUGUGGAGCUGUUUGACCUCGUGGGUCUGGAGGGCGUCUCUUCAACGUUUCUCAUGAAGUUCAGACCUCACGUGAAUCUGUAGACGAUCAGACCAAUGUGACUCCGUCAGUCUCCUGUGCAUCACUUCCGGUCUCUGUUGAAUGUUUAACGUGAACUGACGACCUUCAGGUGCGUCAGCGCCACCCCCCCGUCUGAGGAUGAACGGCUCUCUUUUAACCCCGCCCAGCCCGCGGGCAGCCACCUCCUCCCCAUUACCCCCCUCACCCUCCCCAUCUCCAUCUCCUCCAUCUCCCUCCAUGCUGCCCCUGACCCCGCGGCCCCCCCCUCUCCCGCCUCUCGUGAGCCCUCCACCCCAGGCCCACCCCUCCUCCCUCUCAGACACCCCCACUCCCUCCCCCUCCCCUUGCCUGAGCUGGACCGAGUUCUGUGAGCUUCAUGCACGCGUUGCUGCCGGUGACUUCGCACGUCACUUCCGGGCUUUUCUCCAGGAGAACCCGCACUACUCCCCCGACUCAGCAGCCGCCUUCUGCCGGCGCUUUACCGACCGCUUUGUCCGUCACUUCCAGAGCGAACUGGAGGGGGCGCUCCCGCCCAGUUGUGCUUCUGGAAGGGACGAACUGAUGACCUGGGCUCCCCAGUCAGAUGCGACCUCGCUGGAAGAAGAGGCGGUCUCGCCCCUCUCAGCCACGGGGGGUGUGGUGCUCCCGUGCCCCCCUCUCAGCAUGAUGCGGGCUCUGUCCAAGCCGGUGCCCACACGGCUGGUGUUGGAGAACCGCAUCGAUGACAGGUUUCAAGAUUCUUAUGCCCACGGCCAAGUGCUCCCGCCAUCGUCCUCUUCGUCGUGCUGCUCAUCAGUGGGGGGGAACAACGGCAGGCGUGAAGAGAGGGGGGCCAUGAUCGCCCCCGGGAAUGGGGAAGCACCCGUUGAGGAAGAGGAGGACAGCUGGCUCGGGGUGUCGUCUGUUGGAGAGGAUCCUGAUACAGAGGAGCGGGAAGCGGAGUCUACCGAGGUGGAUAAUGCUGACUCCUCCCACACUUCUCAGAUUCCACCUUCCCCCUCCUCCGACACGCCUCCGCCGGACUCCAAAGGUAACGGCACGCCCAACUCCUCCAAAAACAAACUGAAGAAGCGCUUCUCCCUGCGGAGUGUUGGUCGUAGUGUUCGGGGGAGCGUCCGUGGGAUCCUGCACUGGAGGAGCUCCUCCAGCGACUCGGCCCAGAGCCAGCUGCCCUCCAGCUACAGCUACACGAUGGGUGUGCAGGACGCUACUUUGGUUUCAACCUCCAAGAGGAACUCUGGCACGCAGCCCCCCACACCCACCUCCUCAAUGCCAGUCUCUCUGUCCAUGCCCCUUUCCCUCCCCCACUCCUCUUCCUCCUCUCUGCCGCCCUCGUCUUCAAGCAGCGCCACCUCUCUGUCUCUGUCCGAGGCGGCUCGAGAUCGGCGGCGUAGCAACGGGGAAGGAGGCGAGAAGGAGAAGUGGAGUCAUCGGCUGGAGAAACUCAGACUGUCGCGAUCCCCUCCUCCUGUCCUCACCCCCACCUCCUCCUGUGCUUACUCCACCUCCUCCACGCUGCCUCCGAGCAGCGCCGCCGCCGCCGCCAUGGGGCCGCCAAGGAGGGUGGGCCGACUGGUGCGGGAGGGGGGGGUGAGCGUCAGCUCGUCCAGCGACGAGUUAAGUGGAAGCCACGGCUUCUCUGGCUUCUCAUUCAGUUUGUUGCAUCACGGUACGGACAACAACAACGCUGCCUCGGCGUCGUCCGCGGCGGCUCAGAGUCCGGUGCAGCCUCUGAUCAGCGGGGGGAGCGUGCCCUGGAGAGGGGGGCGCUGGCACAAGUGUCGUCUGGUCCUCCGAGAGCGCGACAGAGAGGGCGGUGAGCGGGGGGAGGAGUACUACCUGGAGUUCUUCAUUCCACCUAAAUCGUCGAAGCCCCGGCUGACGGUCCCGUGCUGCUCCAUCGUGGACGUGAGGAGCACCACGGCCCUGGAGGUCCCUGACAAGGAGAACACGUUUCUGCUGCAGCUGGAAGCGUCAGCGCAGUAUGUGAUCGAGACGCGAGACGCUGUUCAGAUGAGAGCCUGGCUGAGCGACAUCAGGAACGGCAUCUGUCUCAGCGAGCAGGACGAUGCAGAGGGAGGGUGCGGUGGCCCGUUAGACAUCAGUGGAACUCCUGAGGUUGUGGACCGUCUGUCACAAGUGUUAUACGGAGGCAUCGGAGGCUCCUCACCGCUGAUGGAUCCUCUUCCACCGGAGCUGCCGCCUCGAGCCCCUCUCGACGAACCAGACGGCCGGAUUCUUGGUGGAGGCGGGGCUAGUCUGGGCACACCCUUUGCAGAGACGCCAGAUGCCACAGGGUCCUUCCUGUUCUCUGAGGUGACGUCGGCCGAUGCCGUGGAGCACCCUCUCAGCGAGUGUCAGUGGUUUCACGGAACCCUGUCUCGCCUCAAAGCUGCUCAGCUGGUGUUGGCCGGAGGCCCGGCGAGCCACGGCGUCUUUCUGGUUCGCCAGAGCGAGACACGGCGCGGAGAAUACGUCCUCACCUUUAACUUCCAGGGCAAAGCCAAGCACCUCCGUCUGUCGCUGAACGAGGACGGUCAGUGUCGGGUGCAGCACCUCUGGUUCCAGUCCAUCUUCGACAUGUUGGAGCACUUCCGGGUGCACCCGAUCCCUCUGGAGUCUGGCGGAGCCUCCGACGUCACGCUCAUCAGCUUCGUUGGCGCCACCGCCGUCCGCCAGCCAGGCCGGGACAGGGCAGGCAGUCGGCCCACAGUCUGUGACGUCAUCACCACUCGCCAUCCUGACUCUCCAUCAACCCCCAUCUCUGACUGUGUACUUGACCAGCAGACCCCGUAGCCCUCCUCAGCCUCCUCCCCUGCCGCCGGGCCGGCCGCCGCCACCGACUCCGCCCCAGGAGAGAGGAAAUGAGACGGAGACCGGAGGAGGAGGAGGAGGAGGAGCGGGAGAAGGAGGAGCAGCCACAGCGCCCGUGGUGAC